AUGGGUCUUUUAUCACAAGGGAUGGAUUCUCUUUCUUUAAGAUCAUCAAAAUCUAGAAGAGCAUCUUCAGCUUCUGGAAUGUCUUUACCUGGUGAUAAAUCAAAUCAGCAAAACAACACAGGCGAAACUCAAAUUGAUGAUGGUGAUGAAAACGAUACUUCCACCCUGGACAAAGAAGAAGGAAAUGUAUUGAUGGCAUUGAUCUCACAAUUACGGCCAGGAAUGGAUUUAUCGAAAAUCGCUUUACCAACUUUCGUACUUGAACCCAGAAGUUUAUUAGAAAGAAUCACAGAUUUCUUCUCUCACCCCGAAUUGAUCUUUGGAGCUGGUGCUGAACCUGAUGCCAAAGAGAGAUUCAUCAGAGUCAUGACUUACUACUUGAGUGGAUGGCACAUUAAACCUAAAGGUGUCAAAAAGCCAUACAAUCCCGUCCUUGGAGAAUUCUUCAGAUGUAGUUAUACAUACCCCGAUGGAACAGAAGGUUUCUACGUCGCUGAACAAGUAUCUCAUCAUCCACCCGUAUCUGCGUUCUUCUACGUAUCACCUAAGAAUGGACUGCUAGUUACUGGAGAAUUGAAACCCAAAAGUAAAUUCUUGGGAAACAGUGCUGCGACUAUUAUGGAAGGAGAAGACAGAAUACGUUUACUUGAUAAACCAGAAGAUGGAGAUUAUGUUAUUACUAUGCCAAACACUUAUGCCAGAGGUAUCCUUUUCGGUAAAAUGUUGUUAGAGCUUUGUGACGUAUCAACGGUAAAUAACCCAGCUACCAAAUACCACGCGGAUGUUGACUUUAAAGCAAAAGGCUGGAUCUCAGGAGGAUACAAUGUCAUCGGCGGAAAAGUUUCUGGACCUGGUUCAAGUGAUGUUGGCGAGGUGUCUGGUCAUUGGUCAUCCGCAAUCGAAUUCGCAGAUAAGAAGACAAAGGAGAAACGAGUCGUGUUCGAUCCCUCAAGAGCGAAAGUCGUUCCCAAGAACGUGUUGCCUGAGUCAGAACAGGAGGAAUACGAGUCCAGGCGACUGUGGACGAGACUCACGGAAGCGAUCAAGACUGCGGACAUGCACGGUGCAACGGCUGAAAAGACUGCUGUGGAAGAUCGACAAAGAGAGUUGGUAAGAAAACGAGAAGCCUCAGGUGAAUCUGCACCAGAAUCCAGAUUCUUCAAACAUGUAUCUGGUGAUAGAUGGAUGCCUAAAUUGGAUGUUGACAGCCUACCAGCUGAUCGACAAGAGAUGGAAGAUAAAGUCAGACAAUGGAUCUUCGGUGACAAAUCACCUUCGUCGUCAGGUACAUCUGCUACAACUUCACCUAGACAAACGUCACGAAAACAAUCUGGCCCUGAAUCAAUCGCAACUCCCUCUACCCCUCAAUCACCUUCUGCUUCCGGAGGGCAACCCGCUACUGCAAGUACUGCAAGUGCCGAUACGGCUUCUGUGACAAGUGUAGAUACGAGUGGAACGGCAGCUUCUGUCCCAUCAGUAGUCACUGCUCCUGGUCCACCAGCUUCCGGACCUAAAUUCGAUCAUCCCGUUUAG